GCUGCCCAUUGAGCUGCCGCCGUGUGUGCCCGGGUGCCGGGCCCCUUUCCCCUGCAGCCAUGAACCAAGCCUUCUGGAAAACCUACAAAUCCAAAGUUCUGCAGACGCUGAGUGGGGAAUCUGAAGAGGACCUGGCAGAGAGGGAGAGCCCAGCAUUAGUGGAGUCUGAGACGGCGGAACCCGCAGAGGAGGCUUUCAACCCCAUGUCACAGCUGGCCCGACGGGUUCAGGGGGUUGGGGUGAAAGGCUGGCUGACGAUGUCAUCUCUGUUUAACAAAGAAGAUGAGGACAAACUGCUGCCACCAGAGCCCUGUGCUGAUCACCCGCUGGCGGCUGCCCCCUCUUCGCAGGCGGCCGCAGCCGAGACGGAGCCGCGCGGACCGGGAUUCUGGGACGCGUUCGCCAGCAGAUGGCAGCAGCAGCAGCAGGCAGCGACGUCCGUGCUGCGCGGAGGAGCGGAGAGCACCGCCGGGCGGGACCCGGAGCCGCAGGACAAGCCUGCCGAGGAGGCCGCCGAGCGCCCCGAGACGCGGGAGCCCGACUCCGCGGCAGGCUUCAAGUGGGGUUUCCUCACCCACAAACUGGCAGAGAUGAGGGUGAAGGCCGCGCCCAAGGGCGACUAGCAG